AUGCUGGAGGGCGCGCUCAAGUCGUGGAUCAUGCAGUUCCUGGGUCAAUAUGUCGAGAGUCAGACAGUGAAUGUAUCGACAGAACUCUGGCGGUCGUUGGAGCGGCUCAAGCUUGAGAACGUGACGCUCAAGGCCAGCGUCGUGCCGACGUGGCUGCCGUUUCGGCUCAAGACGGGGUUUGUGGGCCUAUUUGAGGCCGAGCUGCCACUUUCUGCUAUUUUUGGGAGUGGUUCGGCCAAAAUUAAAUUCCAGGACGUUUUGCUGGUGCUCGAACCUCUGGAACAUGAUGAAGCAGAACUGCAGGACGAGCUCCUGGGUCUAGUCGAGCAGAAGAUGCACGGGCUCGAGCAAGACCUGCAGGACCGAUGGACUGGGCCUCAAGUACCGGAGUAUACGGUCCCUCACGAGAGUGAAGGCUAUUUUGGUACCGACGGAUGGAUAGGCCGGACGAUGACAAAGCUCAUUGACAAUUUGCAGGUCGAGAUUCGAAAUUUGCACAUUCGAGUGGAGGGAGCUUGGUCUCCGUCUCGACCUAUGAGGGACCAUUCACCCACGUCGGGAUCGAGUUAUAGCGACAGGGAUGGCACGCGAUAUGCGGUAGGGCUUACACUAGGAGCACUCUCAGCUGUCACGACGUCAAGCAAUUGGAGAGUUGGAAAUUUCGAUGAUCAAACGAACGAGAGUCCACAAGAAAGCAACCAUUUGGUAUUCAAGUUGAUUAAUGCUAUUGACCUGUCGGCGUAUGUGGACCCAAAUGCACUACAUUUUAUCCACUCGAGGGUACAUCCAAAGGUGUUGCAGUUGACGUUGUCGAGGCUGAAAGAGAUGGGGUCGAAAGCAGCGAAGGCGGAUUGGUGGAAUGCGAAAGAGAGUGUACAUGCACACCGUUUUUUGGUGGCACCGAUCAACGUGGCGCUCAAGUUGACGAUGAAUACUGCAGCGCAACAUACACAGACGGACGAUCCGCGGUAUGAUGCAGUGUUUCACUUGUCGCGGAUACGGGUGACACUGGACGAAGAGCAGCUGUCGGUGUUAAACCUUAUUGCCGAUUCGUUCUCUGGGCACGAGAAGUGGAGGCUUGUGGUAGCGGAUCAGGUCAAGGCAUCGGAGCACCGAACAGCAAGUUGUGAGGCCACAAUGACGGAGCUGGCGGAAGAUUAUUUGCUGCUCUGGAACCAGGUCAUGGUCAAGAAAUCCGAAGGAAUGGAUGCACUGAAAAAGAGCGACGCAUGGCAUAAGGCGACGAGAAUCGAGCAGCGACUUCCUUAUGAAGUAGUUGUAGCAAUCCGGAAUCGUCUUGGACUGGAACGUGUUGCGGGAAAGACAGUGCCGUGCUCUAGCAUUCUGUACGACAUACGCGAUGCAAUGGGCAUCCCGCUUCCUGAGAUCAGUGUGCUGUUUCAUGAAGGCCCGACAGGGCUACUAUUUGAUCUACUGCCAUCUGGGGACGUGGCAAUCAAGCGCUGUGUAGAGAAAAGUCCUGCUGCAGCAAUAGAAAGUGUGAAGCCGGGGCUUCUGCUGGUAAAAGUAAACGACGAGCCUAUCCGGUCAGCGUUCCGAUUUAGAUCCGGACUUGAUUUGGAGCUAGCUAUCGAUGCGAUGUCAGGAACGAAGGUGCUGACCUUUCGACACCCUUCUGUGGUGCCUGAUAAGGUCACUCCGUCUCGCGCUGUCGCGCAGGUUUCGUUUGUUUCGGAUCAACUUAAUUUUUCCCUCGUACGAGCUGUCCAGAAACGGGUCAUCGUGGAAGUGAUGUUGGACAACCCUGCAGUAUCCGUCACCGGUUUUGGACCCAGUUUGUUUUCGUAUCACUUCUACGAAGUCUUGAUCAAAGAUUUUUAUGUGCAAAGUAUGGCGCGAGAGGAGAAUGAAGGCAAUCAUUGUAUUGCUUCGAGCUUGUGUAAAAUCGCGGACACUUCUGAUGACUUGCAGAUCCCAGCCCUUCGAUGUAGCAUAAAUCACCUUUAUGAGGCACAUCCAGAUGCUUAUGCUGGAAAGAUCGAGACGUAUGGAUCGAAGAUAUCGGUGGCACUUGGUAAUUCCAUUGCGGUUUUUGAUGAAACAAAGAUGUCGAGACUAGUCGGUGAAUGGCGCGACUGGCUUGAUGCAAUCUUGGACGAUUCCUCUACUGGCAUGCCCCCAUCCAGCGUUCCUCGAGCAGUAGUCGAUUUGGAUACAAUACCCCCAUCAUUGAGCUCUCAACUCGUGUCAUCUCACGCAACGACUAACCCCAUUAAUGCUUCUGUCGGUGAUUCGCCCUCAGUAGACAGUAGUUGUUCGUAUGAAGUCAAAGUUGAACUAUUGCGGCUGUUUAUCAGUGCCCACCAAAAGCCGGUUGCACCGGUUGAAAUCUCAAACGAGCCUUCCUAUCGAGCUCUGCUAAAGCAGCUUGUCGGCGAUGAGCCGAGUGGACCCCCUGUGAUUCCCGAUUGGGCUAGAGCAGCGCAGGCAAUUGUAGUGAUGCAACGUUUCAUCCGAGGCGCCAUCGUUCGCAAGCGGAAAAUGGUUCGCUUGGCGCUUACCAGGAAUCGCUGGAUAUUGUACCGAGACAACGAAAAAAUGGGCUGGCUAUAUACCAGAGACGAUUCUCUCGCAUUCCGGCGAUGGCGUCGCUCGUGGUGUCACUUGGAUGACGAUGGCACUUUUUCGAUGCACAGCAAUGGUUCGGGCGCGGAUGUGCUUGAUGAGUUUAGCGUGCUAGGCUGUAAAGUGACCAUGUUAAUCGACACAUCUGGAGGACCGUGGGGCUCGCAGCAUGGGAAACUAACCGAGGCUCUUGAAAUUACGACCCGAUCGGGUUUUGUUCGAAAGGUGCUGAGCGCUGACAGUUUGGCGGAGCUGAAGAAGUGGAAGCACUGCAUCGAAGCCGGUGCCAGAAACGCGUCAAAACAAGCGAUUGAUGCGGAGGCGGAGAAAGAUGAAGUUAUGUAUGAGUCAUCGGUGGAAGAUCUUCUUGUUGAGGGUGAAAACAUUGCACAAACCCCAAAAAUUGAGCAAUGGAACGGCUUUGAUUUGAAUGAGCUCUUGCUAGGAGGCUUUUCAAGCGUCUACCGCGCAGCCACCACUCUGAGGAACGAGCAGUCUUCCUGGUUUUCGUUAAGCAUUGCUAACGUAAAUUUCGCUACAGAUAUGCAUAAUGCAUCGGACCGGGAUGGCUCCGCAUUCGUGUUUUGUCUUCGUCUAAAUAGUUUUACCGCACUGGACCAUCGUCAGUCAUCAGAUUACGGUGUGUUGCACAUUGGUGACAAGUUCUUGAGCUUGAAAAAUGGCGAUUUGACUCCUGGAAAGAUGCGAGCGGACCAGUUGGAUAAUGGACCUUUUCUCAUGCUGCGCAUGUCCUAUCGAGGAGCACACGCAGGAUUAAAUUGCUUCGUACUGCAAAGCGGGCUUCAUGUAGAUCUCACAAUAUCCGGAUGGAUAAUGCCGCUUACUUUAGUACCGGUCUGUUUUGAAAUCAUCGACGUGCUGAACGUGCUGUGGGCUGCCGAUACGAACACUACACGUAGUGAAGCUAGUCUCACAUGUGCACUCGAUCCGGGUUUCGCUGUUUCCUGGAAAGAAGUACCUGAGCUCGGAAUUCAGAUUCGUGCUCCAAUUCUGGAGGCGUACCUUGAAGAUUCUCACUGCGUCGCAAAGCUGACGAUUGAAGACAGUUUAUGUGCGUACCGAGGUGACCCGGGAGUGGAAAAUUUGAAACUGCACUUCGGUCCUUCUGCGCUGUUUGUGCUUACUGAAGAUGUCGCGCUUCGCCUUGUUCAAGUAGACAAAUUCCGGCUCAGCUACGACCUCAGACUACACCGGCCGACGGCGUCGGGUGUUGGUGGAUGCGCCCUAUGUACUGACGAUUCGGCAAAGAGGCCGGUGUGCCAUCGCUCCGUUAAUGUUUCGAUUGGCCAAGUCAAGCUUGAAGCAGACCGGAGGUUGGAACUGCUUUUCGCACUGCUCGAGGCACUCACGUCCAAUCGUACGUCAGACGAUAUCGCAGGCGAGCCGGAAUCCGAUAACGUUGAAGAGGGAAAGGUCACACUGGAUAGUGACCAAGGUGAUUUUGGCAGGAACGAGUGCGAUGUGCACGUUCUGCCUGGACGCCAAUCCUCUCACUCGAAGGGGCUAUCGUCGGUGCACUUAAACGGUCAAAACCAGAACUCGCACGAGCUGCGGCCGAAUUAUGGAACUAGCUUUAGUCGCCCGUAUGUGUCUCCAUCGGGCCGCAGUCGAAUGUCCACCGCGACCUCUGUGGGGAUCAACAACGGGGUGAAUGACAUGAACCAAGAGCGAUUGAAGCGUCGACCAAAGGUAUCUGCAUUUAUCCCAUUAUUGAAUUACCAGUCAUUUGUCGGCAUUUCCAGCGGGCCAUUAGAUCGUCAAGGCUCCUCCAAAACUAUUUUUCGGACUCGACUGCGAAUGGGGAGGAUCCAUGACCGUAUAUCCAUCACUUUCCAUUCGGUAGUGUUCGAAGUUAUCAAGAGAAGCUUGUCCGUGGUUUCAUUGGACACUUACAUUCCAGUGAUGAACUUUUCCGUGAGCGACAUGAAGAUGCAGUGCGUGACGCGAACCGAAUUUAUGAGAGACUACGUAGCAGACGCUAGUGUUGAAGUAUCUGCACGAUACUAUAAUACAUCUUUGGCAGACUGGGAGCCGUUUGUUGAACCUUGGCGAGCUUACGCAAAGGCGAGAAGCUGUGAUGGUGGAGAUGGAACGACUAUGCAGCUAACUGCGCUCCAGCGGCUGAAUGUGAACUGCACCGACUCACUGAUUCGGUUGCUAUCCAGUAUCGCUAAAAACCGUCGCAAGCAAGACUUUAUUGUUGAAAAACGGACACUCGCCGCUGUGGCUGCUGAUGGGGAAGCAAAAAAGGAGAAUGGACGCGUGUGUGUGCUUAACAAUCUUGGCGUCCCGAUUCGACUUGCCAAUCUCAACACUUCGCACGCAGGAACGCUUCACGUGGACGUAAGAGAUGGAUGGUCAUUUCCAGGAUACUCACGCUUUCACAAUGUUCGUGUAUCAGUGGUAUUGUUGCCUUGGUGGCACCCACGCGAGGUACAGGCUGUCGAGAACUUCCGUCAUGAGUUCACUCUUCCCUACGGUGGUGCCCAGUCGGGUGUCACUCCAAUUCUGAGGGUUGAUGUGCUUACGAUCGAUGAAGGGAAGCGCAACUAUGUAUUUGAUCACGUAACAAACAAGUACGUCGAAGUUGAAGCAGACGAUGAUGACGAUGAUUUUGCUGACACAUCACCACCGCAGUCACUGACACCGCCUAGCACACGAGCGUAUUUGAAUCGUGGAGACAGCACAGGUUCUUCCCAUCGAGCCAAAUGGGUUUCCAUUGGAUCAGCAGAGAUUAACUUGGCCGGCAACGUCAUGGCCUCACUUGAUCAUAAUCGGAUGAAGCUAAACCGGUGGUAUCGACUUCAUGAUUUACGCGGAAAUACCACUGGCGAGAUUUUCGUAGGCCUGCAUUUCGUACCGAACUUGGAUACUCCCGUUUUUCCCGCUAGGAUGAACGAAUCCCAGCAAGUGAAAGACGGCCAGUUUCUGAUUUUUGAUCCCCUAAAGAUCGUUACCGCAAACGCAAAUGAUUGCUCGAACCCGUGCAACGACCACGUCAUGCUGUCUGAUGGCUUACGCGGAAGCUACAUCCCACCAUUAGCGUUGGAAGUCUUGAUUGGUUCAUCACGACUGAGUUUGAUGUGCCCGCUACGUCGUGCUGGAAAGUUUCUCAUUCAGGGCGAACAUGUGCUGGCCGAGGUAAAGGUUGCGCAGAGAGACGAGUCACGACGAGUGUUGCUUCUCAGCUCGCCUGUACAAUUGAGAAAUGACACCAGUAUUGACAUGGAAUUGUGGACUUGUCGCACACAUCUAGCCUCUGGCGAGAACGGUUCUCUGCCAAGAUCGAGCAAAGUAAUGAUGCUGACGACUAGUAACAAGAUGUCAGUUCCGAUAAGCGCAAUGUUUGGCGAUGAAAAGGACUCAGUUGUUGUGAAAGUCGAUGGAUGUAAGCCCACGGUUGUUGCGAACUUGAACAACCUGACAGCAGGAUCCACAAUUUUAUCAUUAGAAGCUGUAGAUGCCGAAGGUUUGGACUGUUGCUUGUAUGUGAAAAUUACGUCACACAUGCGCAAGGUGUACCGAGAAGAACACCAUGAGAUGGUUGCUCGUGGAUACACGAACAUGGACGGGGAGUUGCAGACGUAUGCGACGAAGUAUCAGAUAUGCUUGUACUCAUGUCUGAUGUUUGAGAACACCCUUCCAGUUCGAGUACAGUACAAAAUUGUUGCCAGUGGACUAUUGAGAAAAAUGAUUCGGUCGGGCACACUUUCUCCUGGUGAAGAAAUCCCGAUCCACGAUUUCCAGCUCGACGCGCAAUUGAUGCUGCGGCUUCCUGAAAUGGAUUCAAUUUGGAGUCGGCCAAUCAACUUGGGUGACUGCAUCUACCGAGAGGGGAUGGACAAGUCGAUUAAGUCCAUGUUGGGUGCCAUUGGUGCCUGGGAUCCAAUCGUGGAGUUUCUUCCGUCUCCCCAAAGUCCUGGUAUUGCCUUCAAGGAAUGCGACGUCUCCUCGAAAAAGGUCGUGACUCGCAUCGACUACACAGCUGCAGAUGAUGGAAGUCCUCGUAUUGUGCUGUUCUGCUCUCUGUGGGUGUACAAUCAGUCACACGUGCAAACGCUGCUGCUCCGCUGUGCCGACGAUCCGGAUGCGCCAGUCUUGGUUGUGCCUCAGCUUGUUCCCCAACGUCCCGUGCCACGACUGAUGGACUGUCCGGCCCAGGCGUUUGAGAUAGGCACUAUUAUCGAUACUGAAGUUUCUCGAUGGUCGGACAAAAUUCACUCCACAGUGGUGGGCAUCCAAGAACCAAUCAGUCUAAAGUUUGGAAGCAAGCUGGGUCCUAAAACUCGCAACGAAUUGGGAAUAAUGAUCCAGCGACCGCUGGGUCAGUUUCAUCGCACGACCCAAGUGAUUGUCACUUCUCACUUUGUGUUCGUAAACAAAACUCCGGUAGCAUUCAAGGUCUCACAGUACACCAAAGCAACUGAACGGGCAGUGGAGCUGCCUGCCAUGCCGAUACGAGGAAUGCCACCAACACAUUACUUUGAUUUCGAUGCCACGACGAGCUUGAUGAACCGACGAGUUUACUUGCGGAUGGAUCACCACGGAGCGGAAUGGAGCGGACCUUUUUCGAUUGACGAAGAAAACGAGUUCUCAAUGAAGCUCAACGGUUUGGUGUUGAAUACUUGGAAAGAUGGUAGCAGUAACAUGGAAGGAAAGGAGAGCUUCCGACGCAGCGCCUCAGAAAUGCACCGCGUUAAAGUUCGGGUCAGUAACGUGGGCUCGAGCAUUGUUAUUACGCUACUACGAGAUGACCCACCGAUGUAUAUGAUUCGCAACGAAUCCAGCUCGGACGUCUUUGUGAGCCAGGUCCAUUGCUCGGAUGAAACCGUUGCGAUUCGGAGUAAGGAGUUUAUUCCUUUUGCCUGGGUGAAACCAGACGGACCAUGGCGAGUUGCAUGCCGAACUGGAAGUGUAGUGGGUCGACACGAAAUGGUGUCUCGAAGAUACGGCGUGUACGAUUUCGCAAAUCUGGACCGGGAGCGGAACAUUGACACCUUGCGCUACCGGAUAUUCGGAAACAAAUCGAAAAUUGUGUCGGGUGAUAUUGUCAUAGAUCGAGCCUCACGCGUGCUGGUAUUCCGCGACCACAAUCCAGGUAAACCGCCAAGUUAUAUUCUCGAAGUAAAGAUCAUUGCCGCACGUCUUCGUGACGAAUUUUCUCUGAAACCGAAUUCGACUGCGGAAUUCAUUGCGGAAACUGACAACCACGCGGGACAAGCGACGGAAUCUAAGAUGCUAAAGACUGCGCGUGUGUAUCGCUUCGAUUCUGACGUUGAGUUCGCCUGUGAUUCCCGUCCAAAGAAACUCACGUUAAGCUUUUACGAGAAUGAAGCAUACGAAGAAGAUUCCUUUCUGCGUCAUACGUCGUCCGUUGGCAUCGGUGAUGAUCGCUCUUUCAGCGGUAAUCAUGCCAACCGAGCUGGAAGCAGCCUUACGCAGCAGGCGCUCGGUGCUUCGGAGCUUCGGGAAUCCGAAAGCCCGAGGGCUGAAGACGUCUCGACAUCGUUUGAGAUAAUGCGUACGCCCGCGGCUUUUCCAGUUCGACGUCGUCACUCUUUGUCCGGCAACGUCUCGGAGAGUAUGAUGUUGCCAGGAAAUCAAGAGUUCGACCACAAGGAAAGCGAUCUCUCGUAUGCAGAAGGAGGAAUGCAGUUAAGUGAAUUUGACCGGGCGAGCGAGUCGUAUGCCUCGUCAAGACAAUUUGACACGGAUGAUCGUCACAACAUGGACCGAGAGCACAGUGCAGCUGGGUGUGCUGAGAUCAGGAUCCCAAAGAAAGCUUGGACACGGAUGGGUGUCGGUGCGAAACAAUCGAUUGCUCUUUCUUUUAACACGGCGGAACAGGCGCGUCGAUCGCUCGGGCGAACAGAAGGGCAUUGGUGGGAAAUGCGGAAUCCCGAGAGUGGCGAUCUCGUAGGAGAAGUGCUGGUGGCGCUGAAGUUCCGCACGUCUGUAAGUGAGCACACACAGCCCACGUGCAUCUACAGCAUGAGUGCAAUUAUUCCCAGCAUUGGCUUGUCUUUCCUCCACAACGCGAAUUCCAGCAUGGUGGAAGUGGCGUAUCUUUCCAUGCAACGCCUUGGGCUGUUGUACUCCUGUGCAGGUGGUAGUAGCGAGGUCAUUUUCUCGCUCGGAAACGUACAGAUGGACAAUCAAAUGGAGCAAGAAGUUGUGCUUGGCCCUAAGGUGCAUCGUGUCAAAGAAGGUGUGUCAGUGCGGCUACGGGAUCGCUGGCGUAGUUUCAUGAACUAUCGGUACCGUGGCAUUUUCGAGGAGCUGGAGACAAACAGUUCGAGUGUCAUUCAGUUUCAUAUGCUGUGGAAUUCGAGCUGCCACGCCGGCGAGUUUACCCAUUAUGAGCUUAUUGAGCUGGAUGUGCAAGAACUGGAGGUCUCAACGGACGAGAAGUUUGUUGUAAACCUUAUAAGCGUCUUCCAAGGUUUGGAGGGACUCACAAGUCAACACGUGUUUGACGAAAUUGUGAACACGCAACUUGACUAUGCUGGCGGAUCCGGUAGUACCCUUACCGCGGAGUCGGAUGAGCGAAGUGCUGUCGGAGGUGGCGCGACUGUGAGUGCUUCAAUUGCAGACGCUAGUGGUGUGUAUAUCGAAGAGCUUGUAAUUGAAGCUAUCCGAGUCAAAUUUAGCAUGGAACUGAAUGGCGGGCGGUACAUCAAGACACUAGGCCCAUCCGGUCGGCGGUUAGCGGUUUAUCUUCCCGAGUCGAACGUGAAGGACUUUCGCUUGUACCUGACAAAGCUCUCGUUUACACAUUUGUACGAGCCUCAGGCAAGCGUGAUUGAGAAGGUUACGCGGCGGUACUCUCAGCAAGCUGUAAUUCUGGUCCUGCGUGGCCUGCACACGGUGUCGGUGUAUGCCAACCCGUUUCGAAUCGUCUACCGGUUGGGUCAUGGCGUUGUGGAGCUGAUCCGCUUACCCGCGCGCGGCUUAGCGUCCGGCAGCCCUUUGGAACUUAUAAGUGGUGCGUACUUGGGUGUCCGGUCGCUGGCUAUGAAUACGAUUAGCGCCAGCUACGAGAUUGUUGCGGGGGCGACAGGCAUUUUGGGUGCUGUGUUGACACCAUUCGUACCAGAGAGUCGACGCAAGGCGUUCGACGAGGAUUUGAUUGCAUUUCAACGGGCUGUGAUCGAAGAAGUGGAUUCUUUUGACGCUGCUGAAGAGCGUACGAUGACAAAGAUGAUAGUGCGUAAGCCGCGCGUGUUUGAUGCCGGUGGAGUGGGACUGCUUACUGUCUACGGUCCAGGUUCAGUGCCAUUGGAAGAACAGGAGCGCAUUGAUCUCAGGGCUGUGGUUUUGCUGCAACUUUGGUGGCGUCGUCGACGACGAGCCAAAUUGCUCCUUGCUGAAGCGCGUCGACUUCGACCUGAGCCGGAACCUUCCGACCACGUGUUUGGCUCGAACCAAUGUGUUGUCCAGUGA